CGUACCUCUAGGGCAAGAAGUGAUUCUUCUUAAAAAGAGCAUGGCGCCUUCCGGAGGUGACGUCAGAAAACAGGAAGCCCCCGUGUGGGGGCCUACGGAGGCAGCUGCGGCCUGGUCGCGCAGCCACAGCAGAAGCCAUGGUGUCGCGCUCGCGGAGCCCCGUGGACUCCCCGGGCUCCCGUCGGGGACGAGACAACGGCUCGGCUAGUCCUUCCCCAUCCCGGCACAGCCGCAGCCGCCGGUCUCGCUCUCGGGAGCGCAACGGCUUCCGGCAGCGGCUGGGGCGCCCGCAUCACUUCGGUUACCGGCACGACCCGGAGCACUACGGCAAGGAGCAGGAGGAGUCGCUGCGGCAGAGACGACUAAAUGAAAGAGAACGAAUAGGCGAACUAGGAGCACCUGAAGUCUGGGGACUCUCACCGAAACUUCCUGAGCCAGACUCUGACGAACAUACUCCCGCAGAAGACGAAGAAGGAUCAUCUAAAAAAAGCAGCUCCUCCGAAUCUAGCUCAGAAGAGGAAGAGAAGAAAAGGAAGAAAAAAAAAAAGAAGAAAAAGGCUGCAGCACGUGAGGAGGAGAAAAAAAGAGCCAAGAAGAAGAGAAAGAAGCGUAGAAAGAAAAAGAGCAAGAAAAAGAAGAAUAAGAGGAGCAGGAAGGAUUCCAGUGACUCGAGCAGCGAAGAUUCGGACGAGAGAGCUGAGUGUGGAGAGGAGCUGUGGAUUGAGAGAUCAAAAAAUACAGACGCCGUGGAUUUUAUUGGCCCAGAAGCUCCCAUCACUCACGCGUCUCAGGACGAGCGCCCUUUGAACUACGGUCACGCUUUGCUGCCCGGUGAAGGGGCUGCCAUGGCCGAGUACGUAAAGGCGGGCAAGCGGAUUCCCAGGAGAGGCGAAAUAGGCCUUACCAGUGAAGAAAUUGCUUCCUUUGAGAAAUCUGGCUAUGUUAUGAGUGGCAGCAGGCAUCGGCGAAUGGAAGCGGUGCGUCUGCGGAAAGAGAACCAGAUCUACAGCGCGGACGAGAAGAGAGCCCUGGCUUCGUUCAACCAGGAAGAAAGGCGAAAGAGAGAAAACAAGAUCCUAGCCAGCUUCCGGGAAAUGGUCUACCGAAAAACGAAGGGCAAAGAUGAGAAAUGAACGACGUAUCCUCCCGAGUGACGGGCAGACGGGUGGGUCCUGACACUGGCUUGUGCCACGGGAAAUUUUGGGGGAAACAGUCCAUAGAUAGCCAGCCAAGAACCCUAAUUGGCCUGGUGAGGCCUUGGAACUAACUUGCAGGGUCUUUCCAACUUGCAACCCAAGGCAGGUUAAGCAAAGCAGGCCAGUCAGCACCACCAUAAUGCCAAAAACCUACUGGGAUACUGUUGCUUCUUUGUGUUUGAGAAAAUAGCACUUUUUUAAAAAAAAAUCAGUUGAAGCAAAAACUUCCAUCAAUAGGGGUUCAGCGAAGACUGUUUUCUAUCAACUUUGACAAGAAGAAAAUUUUAAGCCCUGAACGGAACAAGAAGAUCUCUUGUAGGAUGAGUGUAUUUUGUGAAAAAUGGCCAGAACAUACCCUGGGCCUAACGCUGUGCACCUAAAAGGCAGAAAUAGCUUUAAUGUUGACGGUUGCCUUUAUAAUCUUCCUGCCUCGAACAGACACACAAAUAUGAGUGGAUCUCGUUUUGUGGCUCAGAUUGUCAAGCGUGGGUCGUCUCCUGCAGAUGCCUUGUAAAUAGGAUCAGUAAAUUUGUCAUUUUGAGAUUCUUUGCAGAUUUAGUACUGUGUUAAAGUCCAGCUCUCAUAAUUUUGCAAAAGACAAUGCUUUGAGGAUCAUCAAUAUAUUUCUCGCUCGAUUAAGUGUAAAUAGUUUUUUUUAGCAACGCAGAGGAGAUAAAUAUCCAUCUGAAUAAGUUUUUUUUAACCCUUUAUUUUCUUCAAUGGCUUCUUCUACAGCCUAAAUAAAAUAUGUGGAUUGGAAUUCAUAGUCCACGUGCCAACUGCCAUCUACUGGGGAGGGGGGAUUGAGUUUCUGUUCCCUUUUUAAAAUUUUGAGUGCACCAUAAACUUUAGAAGCAUAUCUGGAGCCACAUUUUGAAACUAGGAGAAAAGAAAUCCCAAUGUAAAUACACCCCAGUAUCAAGGACAGCUUUUACUGAAUGCAUUCUGGACGUUCUUUCUUUCUUUUCUUUUCUUUUUUUUGGCACAGUUCCAGUAUGGUACACCACUCAAAAACUGCAUUUUUAAAAUUAAACAUCCUCCUAUGUAUA